CUCUCCUCCUUCACGGCCGGUCAUGGUUGCGCAAGCAGGUAUUCGGAAAUAGCCCGUGGGCCGCGGUUAUGAAUUGAUAGCAAACACAUGCUGGACACGCCGCGGCGGACCGGCUUCCACAAGACGCGACUACUACUACUCCUCCACUACUACUACCCGCCUCGUGUUUCGCCGUGUUCGCACCGGCCGACCAGUCUUUCCUCUUCUUCGCCGACCUGCGCUGCUCACCUGCCGCGCGUCCUCUCCGGGAGGACAUGGAGCGGAGGACAGGGGAAGAAAACUGUCCCUGUGGGGAUUCGUGGUGAUUCUCUACGAGUGGUGUGACCGUGACUUGUUUUUUUUCUUCUUCUUCUUCUUCUUUUUCGUUGCCACGCUUUCCCCCCUCCCUCGACUCGCUUUUCCCUCUCGACUCGACGAGAAGAGAAAAGAGAGAGAGAUAUUGAAGAAAUAAUAAAAAUUUUUAACUUUUGGAACUUUUUUGGCGAAGAAGAAGAAGAAGAAGGGAUACGCAUGUUCGACUCGUGUCAAAGGCGUCACUGAGAAUAUUGGAACGGUUGUUCUGGAUGCUCGAUCCUCUCUAUAGGAACGGGAUAGAAGAGGGAAUUUCCUCCGCGGGCGGUGGUCGAAACGAAUCCCGAACGUCGAUGGAAUUGGUCGACCUCCUCCUCCUUCUCCUCCUUCUUGUUGGCCGGGUUCAACCCUUGGACCGAUUUUUCCUCCAUCCUCCGAGUGUUGUUGCCCCACCGAGUGAUGUAACGGAAGGAAGUUUUGUCGCGGAGUGCACGCGCGGUCGCGGACGAGGAUCGCGAGGAACACGGCGGGAGAGAGCGGAGUGAAUGACAGUGAUCCGGGGAUUCGUGUAUGUACAGUGAGCACGCGAGGACGGCACUCAUGUACGUUGACUACGGAGGCGACGCUUACGCCGGAAUGGGAAUCAAGGCCAUGAAGUCCUUCGCCAGGCCCAGAGAUAUACCGGCACAAGUGCCGCCGUUAACACCUGGGACCAACAAGAAGAUGACCGAGGCCCUGGAGGCCUCUUUCGCCUCCUGGGAGAAGGAACGAGUCCGCCUCAACAUAACCAAAGAUCCGAGGCAAUGGUCGGAAGCAGCUGUCGCUCACUGGUUGCACUGGGCCAUCGGCGAGUUCUCCCUCGCUGGUGUAGCGAUACAACCCUGGCAGAACAUGACCGGGAAACAGAUUUGUGCCAUGGGGAAGGAAUCCUUUUUGGCACGUGCUCCGGCCUUCAUGGGCGAUAUCCUGUGGGAACACCUCGAGAUACUUCAAAAAGAUGUCGACGCGGCGAAGGCCUCUCUGGAGAACGUGGCGGGCAACAUGUACGAAAGCGUAUGCGUGCCAGAUUUAGGUGAUUUCUUGGGAUACCAGAGCGGCGGCGGCGGCGGCGGCGGCGGUCAUCAGGUCGCGACGCCGGAACACAAGAGUCCAGCGACGCCAGCGAGUUCCGCAACUUCGAACUCGUCGGGCCCGCAAAACGGCGGAAACCAAGCGGGGGCCCCGUUGCAACCACCCUCCGCCUCGGUCUCUCUGCCCUCGAGACAGUAUCAUAACGAUGGAGGUUACAACCAUUUACGCAGUCCCGUGUGCCAAGACGAGAAUCAGAGGGAUGAAACCUCGCCGCCACCCCACAGCCAUAACACUCAAGCGCCCAACUCUCAUUCCACUACUCCGAAUAGCAACAAUAACAAUAACAAUAACAACAACGCGAACAACGCGUAUAUACAUCUGCGGAACUUGAAUCAGCUCAAAACGGAGUCGAACUACAGCAAUCACCAUAUAACGGAGCACCUCCAAGGGGGUGGGGCAGGUUUGACGAGCGGCAACGAUCUCGCGGGCACGGGGACCAACGAGAGCGACUUAAGGGUUAGCCAAGCCGCCACGGAGAGCUACAUGACCCCGGCGAAUUAUUCCGGAUACGAUGAAGCGUCCGAGUAUCACAGCCUGCCGCAGGAUCAUCAACCGCCGCACCCCUUCAAUCUCGACGGCUCGCCGGAAUUUUACAGCACCAGCGGAAUUCAUCUCGAGCCCAAGUAUCAGCAGUCGCCUUUCAAAAAUUAUCCUCGAGGUCGAUACCACGAGGGGUACAGCGAGAGCGGUGGAUACGGCCAAUACGACGCGACGCCAUUCCAAACGGUUCCAGGAAGCGGAAGCGGAGGUGGAGGGGGUGGCGUUGGGGGUGAUCAGUGGGGAGUGGGCCCUCUCGAGCACUUGUCCCAUCAUCCGGCAUUCCUAGCCGGCCUUGGUCCAAGGGACUCUUCCAAUCCUCAUCAUCCCUCGUCCAUCGGAAACAAUCCUGAUCAGAAGCCUCUGUUGCAGAGCGCGAUGAUCCCUGGUUACACGAGCAGCGGACCAUGCUUUACCGGUUCCGGCCCCAUUCAACUUUGGCAGUUUCUGUUAGAGUUGUUAACAGAUAAAUCGUGCCAAGGCUUCAUCUCGUGGACCGGCGAUGGCUGGGAGUUCAAGCUGACCGAUCCGGACGAGGUGGCACGUCGCUGGGGCAUCCGCAAGAACAAGCCUAAAAUGAAUUACGAGAAGUUGAGCCGUGGUCUUCGUUACUAUUACGACAAGAAUAUUAUACACAAAACAGCCGGCAAACGAUACGUUUACCGUUUUGUCUGUGACUUACAGAGUCUCUUAGGAUACAGUCCAGAAGAGCUCCACGCAAUGGUAGAUUUGAAGCCAGAGAAGAAGGAAGAAGACUGAGUUUUUGUUAUGAGACGUGUUUCAGGACUGUGUCGUUUUGCUAAAUGAAAAAAAAGAAAUAAAAAAAAAAAAAAAAAAGAAAAAAAAAAGAAAGGAAAAGGAA